UGUUCUUGCUCGCUUCAAGUUGCUUCUUUUACGAAGACUAAAAUCAAUACAUAAUAAAAUAACCACGUCCGCCAUUGUACAAGUAUCGUGUUUUUAACAUGUUGUAUCUAGCUUUAUAGUAAAAUGCAACGAACAAAGAUUACAUACAUCGACUCUCUUACACCCAUAAAAUAAAACAAUGGACUUAUACUACAGAAUAUUUAUUGCGCUCCUUCUUAUUAAAUCAGUGCAUCUUUACUGUGGACCAUACAAUGGACAAAUAUGUAAAAAAUAUUCUACUGGAUACGUUUGGUACAACUACACGGGAGGCUUUGACAAUGAAAAAAUUACAACCGGACUCUGGAAAGAAAUGAUAUCAAAUCUCAAAGAGCCCUGUCGAAGUAGGGCUGAAAAAUUGUUAUGUGCUUAUGCAUUCCCCAAAUGCAUAGAUAGAGAUGGUGUGGGUUAUUUUGCAUUACCGAUCUGUUAUGAAGACUGUAUGGCUGUUAAAAUGCAGUUCUGUUACAAUGAUUGGAUAGUUGUUGAAGAACAAAAACGACGAGGAGUUUUCUUCGAGAACAGAGGUCAUUUCCGAUUUCCGGAAUGUGAAAAACUUCCAAGGUUUUCAGGAAAAGGUUUGCAAGUGACAUGCAAUAAUGUUGGUAUUACUAAUAUGGAUUACAGCCAGGUAACCACAAACUGUUAUAGAGACAAUGGCCGAUAUUAUCAGGGCACUAUGAAUGUUACUGAGUCAGGGCUAGCCUGCCAAGCAUGGGAGUCACAAUCACCUCAUCAACACACAAGACCUCCUUUAGUUUUUCCUGAAGUUCAAAAUUCUACCAACUAUUGUAGGAAUGCAGGCGGAGAAGAGACAAAACCAUGGUGUUACACUAUGGAUCCGAAUGUGCGAUGGGAACACUGUGAUAUUCCAUCUUGUGCCAAUUCUAGUGAUGAAUUUGACAAUAGCAAUGGACCAAAUAUUAUAAUGGAGAAUUACUUUACGCCAACAUUUGUAUUGUUACUCUCAAUUGGUGGCCUUGGAUGUGUCUUGGGAAUGGCUUUAAUAACCCUUCUGUGUCAUUAUUUUGUUAAGAAUCAUUACUCAAAAUGCCAUGUGUCUAGCCGCCGAAACUUGCCUAACAUGGACAUAGAUCUAGACAAACUUCCUAGUAAUUUAGCUUACCACACAACUGGAGCCCAACUCAAUCCUAAGUUGGAAAAGCUGGAGUUUCCCAGGAACAACAUUAUAUAUAUCAGAGAUCUGGGACAAGGUGCUUUUGGAAGAGUGUUUCAAGCUAAGGCCCCAGGACUUGUUCCUGAGGAAGAGUUUACUCUUGUUGCUGUUAAAAUGCUCAAAGAUGAAGCUUCUCAUGAUUUAAAAUUAGAUUUUGAAAGAGAAGCAUGUUUAUUAGCUGAUUUUGACCAUCCCAAUAUUGUGAAAUUACUUGGUGUGUGUGCUAUUGGACGACCCAUGUGUUUAUUAUUUGAAUUUAUGGGAAAAGGUGACUUGAAUGAAUAUUUGCGUGCCUGUAGCACAGCCACAAACUUUCCACCUUCUGUUGAAAACCGAGAAGAUCUGAAACUGCUUGUAACACCACUUCAUCACUUGGAUCUCUUACAUGUUGCAAGACAAAUAGCCUCUGGUAUGGUUUAUUUAUCAGAUAGAAAAUUUGUUCAUCGGGACUUAGCUACUAGAAAUUGUCUUAUCAAUGAUGAUAUGGUGGUAAAAAUAGCUGAUUUUGGUUUGUCUCAUAAAAUAUACUUACAAGAUUACUAUAAAGGUGAUGAACAUGAUGCAAUCCCAGUGAGAUGGAUGCCCCUAGAAAGCAUACUUUAUAAUAAGUAUACUUUGGAAUCAGAUGUUUGGGCUUAUGGUGUUUGCCUUUGGGAAAUAUUCUCCUUUGCUCUACAACCAUAUUUUGGGAUGACCCAUGAAGAAGUUGUAAGAUUCCUUAAGGAUGGAAAUGUUUUGGCCUGUCCUGAUAACACACCCCGGUGUGUUUAUGAUUUGAUGAAACAAUGCUGGAAUCACAGCCCUAGUGAUCGCCCCAACUUUAGAAUCAUAUAUCAAACACUGGACAGCAUUCAAAUGAUAUUGGAAAGAAGUCAUCCAGAAUAAUAUAAGUGUCUAUUUGAUUGAUUAGAGAGUAGGAAUAACAUUUUGUAUAAUAAUUUUAGUACCAUCUUGUUGUAUUUCUUUUAUAUUAUUUAUUACAACAACCUAGUAUAAUUUGAUUGGGAUUGUUUUUUAUCAAAUUUUAAUUGAUACCUAAUUAUUUAAAACCAAUGUUGAUGAAUUGAGUUCAACUAGGAACAUCACUGCUUUCUGGCACUUGAUUUAACUCCUAAUUGCUUCUAAAACUGGUUGGUUUUAAUUAUGCUCAAGAAGACAUUGGUGAUAAAUAAUUGUGAAUCCGCCUCAAAAAAGUUACUAUACAAAAACCAAUGUUUGUUAAAUCACUGUUGAAACAGGUUGUGUUUUCCCUUAAAAUUAAUUAUUGAUAUGUUACCUAUUUUAAUGAUAAUUUAAUUUGAGGCAAGCUAUUGAAUUUAUUUGUCAAUUUUUAAAGUAAUCAAUUAUUUUAAGCAAUAAGGUUCAUAUAAGUGGCAUGCUAUGUUUAUGUAUGAUUUCAUUUUUUACAUUAAAUCCAAGACUGAUUUUGGUUAGUACUCAAGGAUCCUAAUUUAUUCUAGUGAACCUUUAGUUGUCUUGUACUUGUAAUUAUCCAGUAUGAAUGAUGAAAAUGUGGGUUGCUACUAAUUAUAUAGUAUUUAAGAUGUGCUUAAUACAGGCGUUGUUUGUCCUUAUACUUGCUACUUUUUUGUAAACAGCAAUUAUAAUUUGUUGUUGACAUUCAAAAUGUUUGCUUUGUCUACAAGACUCAAUACUUUUGUAACUAAAAGGGCAUCUCUGCUACAUAUUGCAGCUUUGUUUUUUAUUUCCAUUUAAAAACAAUCCUUCAAUUCAUAUUACAAAAAGUUGUCAUUAGAGGAAUAAAGUGUUAUUACGAAAUUGGAUUUGUAUUAUAUCUAAUUUUGAAAUGAAGUAGGAUAGUUUAAGCAACAAAAUUGGACUGAAUGUCUCCCUAGUGAUCGAUAACAAUAUGUGUUUAAAGUGAUAUGUCCAAAGUAAACAAAUUGUACAUACUGCCAAACAAUUUAAAGUUCUAUAUAUACAUACAAAA